AGCAAAAUGAACACUUCAAGUACGAUAUUUUCUUUAUUCAUCAAUAUAUCCGCAGUUCCUUUCCAGCUGGAAAUCAACUAUACAACAGCCACGCAGGGUACGUGAAACACGGAUUUUUUUUUGAUUUUUUUUUUACGUGACUGAGUAAUUAAAUUACCGAUUGUCUAUUAUCUUAAAUGACUGAGAAGUGAAGCCAACCUGAUAACUGAAUCAAUACACGAUUAUUCUGACGGCUGUCGGGAGAGAAAACACGCGAGGGCUGUAACACCUGGCAGCAGGACAGAAUGAGUGUUUAUUCGAUGAGUGGGGCUGGGGCUAGACACAGGUCAAGUGAGGUCAGUGAGUUGUGGUAGGUCUCGUGUUAUCUCGUGUACCAAUGGUGUCUUGUGUCUGACGUCUUGUGUCUGACGUCUUGUGUGCGUCAUUUGUUGCACGUCACUUGAAGCAGAAAAAGACGUCAUAGGGGCGGGAGUAGAGGCUGAGGCUGGUAGAGAAGCGUUGGUCCUUGUUAGGCCCUUCUGAGCUCGCGACAGUCCUGCCUCGAGACGAGAGAGACACGUGGUGACACACGGCGGUGCCAGGGUCUCUGCGCUCGUAACGGAGGCCGCUGCGAUCAACGGAUUCUCGGACGUCAGCAACAUCAGAGGGCCCUCCACGUGGCAAGAGACUUUUGUGUGGAAAGAUAAAUGGCGAGUGCGCUUUACACGAGUGUAGUGUGCUGUGUGUAGAAGUAAUUAGUGGCUCACGACAUCUGGACUAGGGAUAGAGAAAUAACGGGACGCUUAGAGAACCGCCAUAUUUGAAAUUUUAUCAUCUUGUGAAUUGAUUUGGAAAGUUCUGGAUUAUUAAGAACUUUCUUUAAUACAUCUAUAUUGCCUUUUGUUGGUUCUUGGGGAUGCGCGAUGGGGUCUCUGAGUUAAGUUGAAGUAUAAUUAGCAAUUUAGUGAAAGUGUGCGCGUACGGUAAAUGUCGGCUUGACUUGGUAGAGGUGUCGAGAGUGUGAUCCGAGUUCUUUCUAUGACACUCCGGUAAUGUAUAAAAUUUAAGCAAUUGAAAAAGAGCUUUGCCAGACUUAUCUCGGCAUGGUGUCGGUGCGAGAGGAACAGUUAAUGCCGAGGCAGACUUGAGACAGGAGGACGAAGACUUGAAAGAAAAUCAUCUUACUUGGUCAGAGAAUCUUGACUCAAGGGGAAGGACAACGACGAAGGAACAUCGUGUCCGCCAGCUGUCGUCGUCAACACUCCAAGGUCUACACGACCAGAAUGUCUGCUACCUGUCAGAAACAUAAAUUCAGGCCAAAGCCGGCAGGAGUAAGGCUAUGUUCAAACGCCUAACUGGAACGGGAAAACUCUGUAUCCAUUCAUGGAUAGUUGGACUGAGAUACGUAUCCCCGAGCAUCAUAAAGUAAUGGUCAGUUUUCAAGAAGUAAAUAUCGCAGGAUCUCCAAAAUGCUUGUUUGACAAAAUAUCUCUUUACAGUGAACGCGUUCUCAACAAGUAUGUGAUUCAUGAGAUAUGUACCAGUCACAAGCCACCUGUCUCUCUCUACAAUGUCAGCAAGCUGUACAUUCACUUCCAGUCUGUGACAUUUAAUCCAGGGACAGGGUUUAGACUUGAUUUCACUUUUCACGCCCUCUCCGCUCUUCCCCAACAACUGAGUGACGGCAGGUGGAACUGCUCUGUGCCGCACUGGCCCGACUUCCGCCUGCACUUCCCGUGUAACCUGGUGUCCGACUGCGUGGGCGGCGAGGACGAAGUGGACUGUCCUUACACCAGUCACGUGUGUGGUCCAGGCUUCCUGUCAGCUAACGGCACAUGUCUACAGUUUACGAAGACAGACCAAAACAUUUCGUGGAACACUGCGUCGAAAACCUGUGAGUCUCGAGGAAUGCAGCUUACGGCAGCGAACACACCGGCAGAAUGGGAGGCAACUCUCGAUAUUCUGCGAUAUCGUCCCUACGAAUACUUGCUUUAUGGGCUUGUACCACCCUCCCCUCCAUUGCCAUACAUGUACAGUCAAGGGUUGACAGGGCUGGAUGGAAUAUUCCGCCACUUUCUGCCAAUAGAUAUUUUUUAUCUAAUUAGCGACUGCAUUGGCAUCUACUUUACCACAAAAAGCCUACAGGUACUUACACCAAGCUGCUAUAGUACGAUAGCGUCUAUGUUCGUCUGCAAGUUUGCCGUUAGUGGCGACGACACUUUACCACAGAUGCCGGUGUCACUCACAGCCAACUGGUCAGUGGACGUCUUGCAGUGUCCGUCACUCCACUACACACACACUUUCCUCGCUUGUGAUGUCAAGAGUGAGUGCUGGGCGGACAAGUAUGACAACGCUAAGACAUGUAGUGCUCCUCUGACGUCAUUUCCGCCCACUUUCUCGUGUGUCAACGAGAAUCAACGAGUGCCCUACUCCUUUGUGUGCGACCAUCGUCCUGAUUGCAUUGAUAACAGUGACGAGAGCUUUUGCAUAUUUUCUUCGUGUUCACGUAGCAAAAAUGUUUUCGAGUGUACCAACAAACAGGUAAUACAGUUUUUGAAAGGGAGUUUUUCGGUUCUGGAAAAAUGCAUACCAGUUCGAUUCGAAUGUGACAAUUUCUGGCAUUGUGCUGAUGGUUUAGACGAACUCAUGUGCGACCAUCUCGGCUAUCUACAAGCAAAAAGGGGUAAACCUUUCCCUGCGCUCAUAGACAUUGACUCUGAUGGUAAGCUAAGAGCAGUAAAGCCACUGUCUAUGACACGCGAACCUCUGUGUCCUGAAACAUAUUUCCAGUGUCCAGGAAGUAACUUCUACUGUUUCCCAGUCUAUCUCCGCUGUAAUGGUGUCUUUGACUGUCCUGGUAAACAGGACGAGACGGCGUGUGACACCUACACCUGUCCCGGCUACUACCGCUGCCGCUCGUCCCACGUCUGUCUGCACCCUGAUCACGUGUGUGACGGUUGGUCACAGUGUCCUGAGGGAGACGACGAGCUUCUGUGUGACCUUUCUUGUCCUGACACGUGUGUGUGUCACGGACUGGCCUUCACCUGCACGGCAAGGUUUGCAGCGUCUAGUUACCUGGAACUGAGGUUUCUUGAUGCAAGUGGCUCGGGGAUGACCCCCAGAGAUGUUGUCAAUAACACCAUGAUCGUUUAUCUCAGCUUUAAAAAUUGUAGCAUCAGAGUUUAUGACGAUUUAAUAUUUGUUAACCUUAGGAUCCUUGACCUAAGUGAUAACUAUAUUAAAUCAUUACGUUAUAAAAAUUUCCGUAAUUUAUAUAAUCUGAGAUCUUUGGAUCUUUCAGGUAAUCCUCUUUCAUCAUUAUACCCAACUGAUAGGCCUCCUCAUCCUGUACUACGACAGGUAACAGAUCUUGAUGUUUCCAGAGUUAAGUUUUCAAUACUCGACGUUAUAAUUUCUGCAACAUUUCCUAAUCUACGAAAACUCAAUCUCUCUGACUGCGGCGUUGAAACCAUUGCUGGCGAGGUGUUCACAAACCUGACUGAACUACGAAGUCUAGAUAUGCUGGGUUCUCUUCUUCACUAUUUUCCACCUCAAUCAUUUACUACCUUAAGUAAGUUAGAGUCCCUCUAUACUGACAACUACAAGGUCUGUUGUCCAGCCUCUCUUCCCGAACGGUUUAUUUUACAGAAGUGUGAAGCGCCCUCUGACGAGAUCUCGUCCUGUGAUGCUCUCCUGCGCUCAGACACAUACCGUGUCUUCCUCUCGUUAUUCGCGGCUUUAGCUCUGAUGGGCAACGCGGGAAGUUUUAUUUACCGUGUGUUUAUCAGUAAGAAAACAAGCAACCUUGGUUUUGAUGUCUUUGUCACUAAUUUAAGUAUAGCUGACUUUGUGAUGGGUGUGUACCUGGCCAUCAUAGGAAUAGCUGACCGUGUUGUUAAAGCUGAGAUACACGAUCAUGGUGUUAUCGACAACAUCUCUGGGGGUCAUCCCCGAGCCACUUGCGUCAAGAAAACGCAGUUCAAGGACAUAGAGGUUCGUUUCUCGUCGUCAGUUGACUAUGUCCUCCCAGCUGACCAUCCGAGUCAAGGUCUAUGA